AAACAUUCAUAAAAAUGGCCGCUUGUGAAUGUUUAGGCCUAUGUAGCUGCGUAAUGUUUCUAGAUUCUUAAAUGUGUGAAAUGUGGUUGUACUUGUGAUUGAAGCAUAAUCGUCUUUAAAUGCGAAUAAUGAUGUCGGAAAGAAUGGAAUGGGUUGAGAUCAUCGAACCACGCACCAAGGAACACAUGUAUGCCAACCUGUCAACGGGGGAAUGCGUGUGGGACCCCCCACCUGGUGUGCCUGUAAAGAAAACAGACAACAACCAGUGGUGGGAGCUGUUUGACCAGAACACGUCCAGAUUCUACUACUACAACGCAACUUCCCAAAAAACUGUGUGGCAUAGGCCGCAUAACUGUGAUAUCAUUCCUUUGGCCAAACUGCAGACUCUGAAACAAAACACGGAAUUUGCAUCGGACGACGCCAGCCAAGAAGAACCAAAGAAGAAAGAGUCUGUGGCAACCCAAACACCAGGUCGCACUGUGAGGAGCCUCAAGCCGCCAUGCCAGGUUGAUUCUACCACACCCACCACACAAGUAGCAAACAAGACUGAGUGCAUCCGCCCCAGUAGGCAGCAUGUCCCGUCGGUGACGUGUGAGACGCAGACGUCCCCGGUGGGGUCUCCCGCUCCGGGUCGUCGCAACCACCACCACCAUCACCACCACCACCACCGGCACCUGCACGGCCCAGAGGAGGGUGAGGGGGGCCAGCCACGCCCUCGCCGGGGCAGCCACGGGAGCGGUUCCUGGUACAGCCGCACCACGCACUCGCAGGACUCGGGUCGGUCGAGCGACUCGAGCUCGGUGUCGCACAGCCGCACGUCGCUGGAGAGCGGCUACCGCCUGCUGGAUUCCCCCCACCACCACCACCACCAUCACCACCACCACGCCCACCGACCGCCGGGGAGCAUGGUGGGGGCGGGCAUCACCGUCUCCACCAGCACCCCGCUCUUCAAGAAGAAGCCUCUCCGAGAGGACAACUCCCAGCCACUGAGAAGCAGCUUGGACAAGUAUGGUCUACUGGCAGUACCUCUGAACUCGAACCAGUAUCGAGACGUGACGGGAACUGGUGCCGGCACUGUGUUGCCCAAGCAGAGGAGCUUCGACGUUUCCGACAGCUACAGCCUGUGCCACGAGAACCGCGGUCGCCAGAAGAAGCAGCAGCAGCAGCAGCCUCAGCCAAUAUCUGUGCCAAUACCACUGGCUAGAAGCUACAGCUUCAUGCAGAGGCGGGAGCGCUUCGACUACCAGGAUGAGGAGGACUCUAUGCACGAGAAAUAUUUUUUGGGUCCGGGCAGUGUGGGAUCGGGCAUGAGGUCUGUGGAGUCUACCCCUCAGGCACGUAGGAAGUACAACGGCAGGCCUGGCGACUGCAUCACUUUCGGUACAGUAUCGUCGGGUUACCCGUCAGCCACGUCCCCUUCGCCGGCGGUCAUCGGCGGGAUGCCCUGCAGGGCGCUGCAGGAGGAACCUUGUCGCAAGGGGGACGACGGGCCGGGACCGCCCGUCCACCGGAAGACCAGGUCGGACCCCCGGUACCGGGAGAACGUGGCCACGUCGUCGUCCAGCAAGACGCUCAGCAACGAGGAGAACUCGUCGAGCGACGGGCCGUCUUCGAGCCCGUCGCCCCCGACGACGACCUCCCCGUCCAGCCCGGCGGCCGUCCUGCGCGGCGCGGCCGGGACCGGCCCCCGCGCCCGCCCGGACCCCUUCUCGUCCGUCGAGCCGCCGAGGCACAGCUGCGUGCUGCCCGAGGCCGUGUCCAGGGACACCACCACCACCACCACUAAGAGUAAUUGUGGCUACAACGGGAACCAUGCGGUGUGCAAGCUGAGCAACCUGAGUGUGGACAACAAGGUGAUCAACGCGCCGUUGUACAGCAACGUCGACUACACGUACAACAUGGAUCCUCAGAUCCACGCUCAUCUGCUGCCCCUCCAGCAGUACAUUCUGGAGCAGGCCAAGCUAUCUGGCUGUUACAAGUUCGGAGACCCUUUGAACGAGGAAGUUGACUCGCUCCACUCUGAUGACGAAGACCAGUCGACUGGUCGCGGCGAGGACGACAGCGAUGAGUUUGCGGAUGAUGAGGGUAUGUCGAACCAGGAGGAUUCCAGUUCGCAAGAGUACUUGGACGACAGUAACUAUCUGGAAGAAGACGAUGAAGAGGAGCAGAGGGAAAGCUACAGCCAGUUCCAGCAGAGGAUGCGUGCCAAGUACUCGCCUGAGUGCCGUAACCACGCGGACUACGUGGACGGAGUGGCGUACUACAACACAAACAUAGCGUCGGGAGGUAUGACUUGCCCGAGUCUGCAGCAGCACAACAUGCAGCAGUCCCGAGGGGCGGGCAUAGCCGCUUCACUGAGCGCCUCCCUUCAACAUCCGAGUCUCUCACUGCCUCUGGAAACACAACACGCAUCUCUGAAACGCAAGAAGGAAGCGCCACUCCCUCCUCCAUUAUACUCUCCGAUACUAGAGAAGACCGAGUUGGUGUCACUCUCCAAACCUCAGACCUUGCCCAUCCCUAUCCCCUCCGCCCAGAGCCACCACCAGUGUAGUAGUAGUUUCCGGCCCAUGUCGCUACCGGUCCCCGUCUUGGCGGCAUCUCAGCAGCUGAAGUCGGCUGGGGUUGGCUUAAGUCGAGAGAAGAAAUUGCCCUCUGAGAGCGAUAUAGAAAAGUAUGCACAAGACAAUCUCAACAUACACAAGAAAGGAAUUUUCCGCAAGAAGUUUUCAGUUCGAGAUAUGUUGUCGUGGUCUAAGGAUCCCAUUCGUAAACCUAUGCUAGUAAUUUCUGAUAAGGCGUUGAAGAAGGAUGCAUGUGAGCUGUUCAAGCUAGUGCAGAUCUACAUGAGUGAUCGCAAAGCAAAGCUGGGGAUGACGUUGAACAGCGUGGCCUUGGAGAUCUGUAGCAUAGGGUAUAGCAAGCCUGCUUUGCGGGACGAGCUGUACAUCCAGAUAUGCAGACAGACCACCGAGAACCCUAGGCGGGAAAGUUUACGCCGUGGCUGGGAGCUGUUGGCAGUUUGCCUUGCGUUCUUCCCCCCCUCCCCCAAGUUCCAGCCGUACCUGGACGGCUACAUGAACAGGCACCGGGACCCCAGUUUCGACUUCCCGGAGGUGGGCAAGUGGCCGAUCCACGUGCAGAUCAGCCACUACGCCACCAUCAGCUGCAAGCGGCUCGAGAGGAUCGGCCACGCCGGCAAGAAGAGUCCGCGCAAACCUACUGUCGACGAAAUUGAUCAAGCCAGGUUGCAGAUCUUCAGGCCGAGUAUGUUUGGGAACACACUUGAAGAAGUAAUGGCACUUCAGAAAGAGAGGUUCCCUCAUAAAAAGUUGCCUUGGGUGCAGUCCACGUUAUCGGAAGAAGUAUUGAGGUUGCAAGGAGCACAAACUGAGGGUAUCUUUAGAGUGUCUGCGGACGUUGACGAGGUGAACUCGUUGAAGUCGAAGAUAGACCACUGGGAGCUGCCCGCGGAGACGACUGACGCCCACGCCCCGGCGUCGCUGUUGAAGCUGUGGUACCGGGAGCUGUACGAGCCCCUCAUACCGGACGACAUGUACCUGGAGUGCGUCAACCACCACGGGGAGCCGGAGACCGCCAUCGCCAUCGUCAACAGCCUUCCCGAGCUCAACAAGCUGGUGCUGUGCUACCUUGUCCGCUUCCUGCAGAUCUUUGCGCGCACAGAGGUGGUGCAAGUGACCAAGAUGGACGCGAGCAACCUGGCCAUGGUGAUGGCGCCCAACUGCCUGCGGUGCACGUCUCAGGACCCGCGCGUCAUAUUCGAGAACGCGCGCAAGGAGAUGGCCUUCAUGCGGACGUUGAUUCAGUGUCUGGACACGUCGUUCAUGGAAGGUGUAUAUUGAGUGGAGGGUGUGUUGUUAGGUACGCAUUUUGUCGGGGUUGCAGUUGUGAAUGUUGUUUGGGAGAGCUCCAGGAAGUUGUUGCGUCGUGGGGCCGCCGAGGGGAAAGGGACAAAGGCCUAGAGGCCCAGGCAUUUGAGGGGCCCAACACCAAUUGAAACUAAAUUAGCGGAAAUUUUUCUUGUAAAUAAAGUUAUAUCAUUUUAAAUAACUUGAAAUAUGUUUGGAGAAUAAUUAGUGAUGUUAAUGCAAUAUAGGUAGUUAGGUAAUCAAAAAAAUAAAAUAAAUUUUUCUUGGUUCAUUUUUACUUAUUUAGCCAUUUUAUAGUAAAAAAGAAAUAAAUUUUAUUUAUUUUUGCAAACAAGAUUUCGUUCUUUGUUCAGUAAUAAUGCGGAACAUAAACUAUUUUACGCUUAAAAAAUUUAUCAUGGCAUAUUUGGUAUAUUAUUUUUUGAAUAAUUGUAGUUCCAUAUCCAGUUUGAAGAUAAGAGUUCUUGUAAAGCAAGAAAGAGUGCCCAGUGGCCCACAAAUAACCUCGGCGACCCUGUUGAUUGUUUUGGCUGCUACAAAUGUCUUUGAUCCCGAUUGUGUGGCUUCGUUUUACUAAUCUAGUGAACUGUAUAAUUUAUAUUUUGUUCAAUAUUGUCAUUUUAAUAUUGUUUAUUGUAGAAUUUCAAUAUGUACUGUGAGUUUUGAACCCUGUAAUGUAUGUAAUUAAUGUUAAAAUUAUUGUUUUUGCAGAGCAAAGGUUUUUUUUAUAUAUGUAUUUUUUCUUCAAAAUUGUUAUGCUGUAGCACAUAUUAGUUAUGUGCAUUGUUCUGAAGGAUGACUCCAUUCUGUCACCAGUUGUGGGUUGCACAAUGUAAAUAUUUUUUUAAAGUUUUUUUUAAUCUAUUAAGAAAAUAUUAUGUAGUCUAGAAAAUACUAUACGUAAAUUUUAUGUGAACAUGCUUUUUUACAUAACAUUGGUAUUAUAGCAGUCAAUUAGCAAUUAAUUUUGGUCAUACCUUACUACUGUUUUCAUGUGUACCAAGUGCUUUCAUGAAUAUUUAUUGCUUGAAUUAAACUGAUUUAAUUUUGGGACAUUAAGUUUAUGUUCCACUGCUUGAAAAUGUUUUUUUUGGGUACUAUUUUCAAAUGUAUACUGUUUAUGAUAUUUUUUUUCCCCACAAGCUACAAAUGUCAUUUUCUAGUUGGUCUGUGUUUGUUGCACGGAGGCCUUUGCAAAUAUUGAUAAUUUCAAAUAGAGUAAAACCGUGUUUAGAAGGUCCUUAAUUAAGACCUAUUAACAAAGAACACUUAUAAAAAAAGGUAAAAUUUAAUUUAUUUAUAGCAUAGAUUAAGUGAUAUGUGAAUUUUUUAUCAUAUUGCGCUGAAAAUUAUCUGAAUGGCAUUUUCUUGAAUAGGGUUUUCUUAUCAAAAUGAAUAGUUUAUUAUUGAUAUUCAAUUCAAUUUCAAAUAUUUACACUUAGAAAUAACAUAUAUAGUUUAUAUAUAUAUUUUUUGUAUUCUAAGUGGAGCGGAGCAGUUUUAUAUUAUCUUGGGUAAUGAUCAAAAUUGAUGUUAAGAGGCAUUGCUGUACAAUAUAAAUAAUUACUACAUCCCAUAUUAAUGGGAUUGAUGUGGUACUAAUUUCACAGAGUUUAUUUCAGUAUAUCCAUGGUAAUCAGCAAAACUGCUGAAGUACAGUCUGCUAGGUGGUGGUGGUGGUGGGACAAUAUACAAUCUGAAAAUUUUCUGACAAGUUGUGAACAAGGCAAUCCAAUAAAGUUCCCUCCCAAAAACUUUAAAUUUGAAAACAUACAUUCUUUUUAAUUCAUGGUUUAUGUAUUUAUAAUGAUUGACGUGAAAUAACAUAAACAAGUAUUUAUUCAAUAAUGAUUUUAAAAUCAAUGUAAGAAAUUAAAAUUAAUUUACCCACUCUUUUAUUCAAAAAUUCAAUAUUGUAUUCAAGAAUAUGUUGAUUUUUUUAUUUGUAUUUGGUUGGAACUAAAGAACACAUAUUCACACAGGCUUUGUUGUUAUUGAAAGUUUUGCCAGUUGGACGUUAUAUAACUGUGACUGCUCGAAGCAGAGCUAGUAGGUAUCUUCAACUUAUAGCAGCUGAUUUUCACUAACAUUUGUAUGAGUAAACGUUGCAACUGGAUCCUGUUGAUUACCGUCGUCAUGGUAAUGGUUGGUGGGAUUUAAAUCCGCAUUGCAACAUUGGUGUGCUGGUUGCUAAAGUUAAUAUAACCUGCGGGUUAAGAAAAUGCACUUUGGCGUUGGUGCUGUACAUCAUUCCAUUGAUAAUAUGAUAAUACCAUAUAGGGUACAACCAUGUUCAAGAUAAGGAAAAAAGUAUGUCGACUUUGGCAAAUGAAUACUGGGAGUAAUAAACCAAACACAUCAUGUAGCACCAGACCAGCUAAUCAUUUAUAAAUAAUUAUUGUUUUAAUUUUAUAAGAUUAUUCUGCUGUCAAUAAUUGAAAAAAAAUUGUGCGGCACCUGUCCAAAAAGUCUUGGAACAUACGUGUAUAAACAAAUUUGGAGUUGGUCAUGUAAUAGGUGUCAGAUGUAAACACUUCAGUAUCGUGCAGUUGCGGUAAAGUGACGUGAAGGAAUGCAGCUUUAGAAAUUGGAAACCAUCCCAGGAAUGCCUUAUAACCAACUGGAGCUUUUAUUUAUAUUUAUAUUGUACAAAAGAUGAAAGGCUCAUUUAUGUAUCCCAUUCAUCCCAUGUGUUUUGUGUCAGUCUCUUAAAACUCAAGGUGGAACGGUUUUUAAACCUAUCUGUAUUUAGUCAUUGGAUAGUAAAUAAUGUCUCAUCCUGCUUCGCAGUAAUUCAUGGGAAUCUGAACUGUGAGACAACACUGUUCUUUAAUAACUGUCUGUCUGCAUUUUCAUUGGUGGUAGGCUUUUGUAGUGAGCAUUGUAGGUUUAACAUGCUGAUACCCUAGGUUAAAUGACAAGAAAACCUUUUGACCUUAGAAAACAUCUGUUUUUCUUUGCGCACAAAAUUCAGUACUUUGGAACAUUUUUAUGUAGAAUGCUAAA